UGUCGCUACCCGCCAAUAAAAGCCGAAGAAGAAGCAGCAGAAGCCUCUGUCAGUGCAGCCAUGCCCGUUAGCUAACGAACUACUUGUCCGGUAAAAUAGAUUUGUUUGCGGAAAUAGUGUUAGACAUGAGAGGGUGUCCGGCUCGGUGGAGGAUCUCAGUCUGAGGUGACAUGACGCUCCUGCAGCCUCCAGCAGCUGAACAUCGACGCGUUUGACCGAGAAUCCGCCGCCACUGCCGCCGCCAUGGGGACGACGAUGAGCGAACCGUGCAUCUACGACAAGCUGUCCGAGAGCAUCGACAUCCUGCGCCAGUCAGGGUAUCGCUACGGCAUGUCGGAGAGGGAGAUCGAGAGGUUCAUCAAGCAGGUCCUGGAGACCAACGAACCCAGAAGAGAACCUCCUCAGUUCCCCAUCCUGAGGGCCACCAUCAAGUUUGUGGUGGCAGUGGGCUUCCUGCUGGUGGUGGUCCUGGCCUUCACCUACCCCCAGAGCGCCCCCCAGCUCGGCCUGGUCAACCUGGGCUGUUACAACUGGUCGUCUCCUCUGAGCCACGUCCGCCUGCUGUCUCUGCCCAUCGCCAAGAAGUACAACCUGCAGGGUUUCCAUGAGUGGUGGAGCGCCGGUUCUCUCAGGCAGAACCUGGUCAACUGUUCUGGAUGUGCAGAGAUUUCCUCGGUGCUGGAAGUUCCAGAGAGCCUUAGAGGAACCGUGACGCUGCGACGAGGUCCACAGCUGGUCCUGCUGAAGGGCGGUGAGUCCCUCAGCAUUCAGCGGCAGCAGCUGGAGGAGCUCUAUUUGGCCCAUUCAGGCUCCAUGUCCAUCCUGCUGGAGGAGGACGACGGUCUGCAGAACCACAACCUCGGACUCCCUCAGGGACCCGCAAACUUCACCCUGCUCUGGAGGUUCAGGUCUGGGACCAGGGAGAAGGUGUUGCGAUGGCUCUUCCCAAAGGCUGAACUCUGCCCCCUGCUGGACAGUGCAGGAACCAUCCUGCAGCGCUGCCUGGUCACACACAGCACAAACUCCCAGAGCAAGGGUGUCGGGGUGCUGGGUUGGCUGGUGGUGGGCGAGGGGUUGCCGACGGUCCGAGUUCUGCCGGUUCAACGCUGCCAGAAACACUGCAGCUCCUUCAACCUGUGGCUGACGCCUGGAGACAUGGUGUACGCCGACCCUCGGUACUGGCAGAUGGAGCUCUUCCCGGGUCGAGGUCAGAAUAUCAUCUGCGACGGUUCGGCCUUCUAGCCUCCGAAGCGGCUUCAGGACUCAGCAGGUCGUCGGUGAAUGUCGAAGGCGUUUGGGAGUUCGGCGGCUUUCCUGUGGCUCCGCCCACUGAUGCCUUACAACCCCUACCCGGUGGUUUUACUCCUUGGAUGGCUGGAAACCGCUGUUCACAUUUGGAUACAGGGAACUGCUGCAGGUUUCCAGGGUCCAGGAACGACGGCUGAACAUCUUCUGUGCUCGUGCCAUAGCUUCAAGCUAAAUCAUGAAAUCGGCAACAUCUGAGACUGAUUCAAUAAUAAAUCUGCUGCUCAUAAGUGAUCCCCAAAUGGAGAUUUUAAAAAUGGACACCUGUAUUUUUCAGUGCCAGAAACAGAAAAUUAUCUUCAAAUGUGGCCGUUUGGAGCCACAAAAGACUCUAAACCCUCUGAACCCCAAACAGUUGGUUCUUUUCGCUCCUGUUACACUUUCCAUCACUGUUGGUUAAUUAUUCAUCACUGUGGUCUCAUUUAUUCACUGCAGCUCAUUUAUUUUCUCCUCGUGGGCUCAUUUUUCAUCACUGCACUAUUUUUUUCCCCACUGUGGUGCAUUUUUCACUGCAAUAUGAAGUCCUGCACUUCUACGGAAACAUAGCAGGAGAGAGAACUCAGAAAUAUCUUCUGCGUUAUUUUACACGGUUAUAAAAAAUUUUAAUUAAAAAAAAAAUAUAUGGAAUCAAAUUGUACAUUUUUUUUCCAACUGUUCAGAUGCGUUGAAUUAAAACCUUCAUUAAUAUUGAAGGAAAGUUGCCAACACUGGAAUAAAAUGGCACUUUACAGUCAGUAAUUUAAUAGUUGAAUUCUUAACAUUUUUAUUCAGUUCCUGUACAUUUCUCCUCUCUGCUCUGUUAAAACAUUUCCUGCAGUUCAGCUGAAAACUCAGAAUUUUUAUCACUUGACUGUUGGUCGUAGUUGAGUCACUGAUGGCUUCACGGCUACAAAGAGGAGCUCCGAAUUUUUAGUUUUUUACAGAAUUCGAUUAGAGCACACGGUUCAUUAUUGGCAAAUUUUUAAAUGAGAUAUUUUAAAAGUGAUUUUGAUGAAAUAUCAUGAUUUUAAGCUGAGAUCUGGCUUCUUUUCCAAAAGAAAAGAAUGGUGUCGCAAAAUGCUUCUGGUUCAUAAAUGGUGCUGGCUUUUUUUCCCCCCUUUUUAGAGACAAAAUGUGUUUCAAACCCGCCAAUGGUUUUGGGGUUCAGAGGGUUAAAUUAAUUUGUUUUCAAUGAGCGCUGAUGUUGAGUUAACGGAACACGACGUGAAAUAGAAGCCGAGUCUGAUUAUUAGACUCUGUCAUUGGAAAACUGGAUCCAAAUCCCCCAGUUCACUGAGGGCUGUUAACUUAUGAUCAUCUGAUUAAUGUAAAGUGAAACUGGAAUCAGAUUGGAACCAGCAGGGAGCCUCCAAUCCAUCCAAUCACUGAGCACCUCCUCCUCCUUGGUGCAUUGCAUUCUGGGAUCUUUACAGGAGUUCUGCUGUCAGGAUCUGCUGGACUUCAACAUGGAUGUAUUAAAACAGCUGGGAAAGUUUCAUUAUUUGUUAUUUCUGACCAAAAACUGAACUCUGGAAAAUAUUUUUGGCUGAAUUUUGAGAAUUAUAUAUUUUCACACUUGGAAUUUCUCAGCUUGUACCCUCAAAAGCACCUGGGAAACCAUUUUAAGAAUUCAGUCUCUCCAGAAAUUAAACUCCUACAGCCCUGAAGUUUGGUGAACCCACAGGCAGGGUAGUUUCCAGUAGAUAUGAAGGAUUAAAUGGCUCCAGCAGAAAAGGAAUUUCAACACCACCUUUGAUUAAAAAUUUAGCCUUUUUUCUUAUUUUCAGGAGUCAAAAAUUAAAAAUGUGUCCUCUGCUGGAUCCAUUAAGUCAUGUAGAUCUGAUAGAAACUAUCCUGUCUGUGGUUUCACCAAACUUCAUGACUUUAGGAAUUUAAUUUCUGGAGACACUGAAGCCUUAAAAUGACUUCCCAGAUAAGAUGCUUGUUUAAAAUGUAAAAUAAAGAAUUUCUGAAGUGUAAAAACACCUGAAAUUCUCAAAAUUCAGUCAAAAUGUUUAAUGUAACUCAGUUUUUGGCCCGAAUGAACACAUUUCCAGAGAUUUAACACAGACUGAGACGGUAAUUUAAACCUUUAGAAACGUCUACGGAUGAAAAACCACCAUGUUGGUUCAGAUGGAAGCUGCUUCUGUUAUUUAUUGUUCUGCCUGUAAAUACGUCAGAUUAUCCGUCUGAGCUGUAAUAUUCUAUUUUUGAUCUUUGCUUGUGAGCGUCAGCAGAGGAAGCUUUUGUUCAGAAUCGGGUUUUUACGUUUCGCUGUAAAGUCUGGUGGGUGUUGAUCCAGUUUGCCAAAGUCGGCGUUGGUCAGAUUUCACGUUUGUUUCAGCAGCAGAAGGAUGUUUGAUGUUCGCUUUGCUUAGAGACUCAGAGUUUAUCAUUAUUAUAAGAAAUUAAAAGCUGGAUUUGCUUCA